AUGCACCCGCCGCUGUAUCCGGGGUCCUCAGCUGACGCAAGGGCGCUGAGGGAGGUGCUGUCGAGGCCGGCAAGCGGGGUCACCGUGCUCUGCGUCGACCCCCCCGCGAGCUACACGGGCGAUGCCUUCGUCCGCAGCGCCCUCUUGGGCCGAGCCGCGACGGUGCACGUCCAAGCGGGAGAGGGCUAUGGAUCCCUGGCGUCGUGUUUGGCCCGGGGUCUGGGGGUGGAGUUUAUGGCCAUCAAGCUCCAGAUGUCAGCACUGUUGCCGGGCCUGGCCGCCGGCGAACAGGCCUCCUCGGGCGCGAGGGGGAGGGCGGGGGGGUCAUCUUCGACGGACGCAACCAACAGCGAGCUGUCGGACAUAAGGGCCGUGCUGGAGACCGCGACGGCCGCCCUGGAGGAGAUCCGGAAUCAGGCUGACGAUCCUCGCAACCACCUGCCUCCGGUGAUUGUCAUGGACGGGCUCCUCGGGCGCAUUAGAGAAGGAGAAGACGUCCCGGCGGCUGUGGAAGCAGUGCUGCGUUGGUGCUGGACAAUCACCGGGGGGCGAAGGCUAGCACAUGUGGUGUUGAUCGCGCCGCAGUCCUUGGCUGUUGACGGAUCUCUAGUGAGAGUCAAGGGUUUCCUAAACGAUGGACGCCUGGCGCCAGGUAUGAUGCGAGUCAUCGCCCUCAACGCGCCGGAUAGCAGCGUGAUCGAGCGGAGGUUCAGAUCUCGAUUUGCGGCCGCCCCGCAGCAGCCAACUCAGGGGGGGGCAGGCGAGGAGGGAGAGCGAGCCGUUACGCUGUGCAUGGAGCUGGUGCACCGAGAGGGGUGUUCGGUGGCCGACGAAGCGAAUGAGAUUUUGACGAGAACCGACUUCUCGGAUGACAGUCCCGACAAGCUUUCCGCCGCACGGCUGGCCCUCGAGGAGAGUCUGGACGGCUUUGCCCUGGAGGCUUGGCGUAGGGUAGGCGCUGCGGUAGAGUCCACGGCAGCGAUCGCCCCCCGCGGCUUUGCUGGUACCGAUGCUGUCGUUGGCACUCCUGGUGCCGUGUCAUCUGCUGCGCUGGCUUCGAACCAGCGGGCGCCGGUCCCGCCAUCAACGUCGGCAGGCGGUAGUAGCGGUGCUACAUCUGCGAAACGCAACACGCAAGAAGGAAGGGCGGAGUCGGGGGUGACGCGGACUAGAACAUCGCCGGGGAGUGGGGGUGGGGGUGAUGGUGACCCCGCGGGGGGAGGGGAGGAGGGAGGAGUGCAGACGGCGAACCACGAUGUUGACGACGGUGCUGCUGUUGCUGCUGGGGCCGGACCCGGCGAUGACAAGGCCGAGUCAGAGGUGCCCGGCUUGUCGUCUCCUGCUGCCGCCGUCGUCCCGAAGGACGGGAAGAGGGGACACGCGGAUAGCAGCGCGGAGGCAGAGGCCACGCGAGAAGAACUGCAGCAGCAGAAGCAGCAGGAGUCGCUACAGGACGAGGGCAAGGAGCCACCGGCGGCCGACAUUACCCCCGACGAACCCGCUUCCUUGGAAGCGUCGGAACUUUCGUCGUUCCUUUCCCCGCGGGCGAGGGGGGAAGAGGAGGCGGUCUACUGGGAGGAAGCGGAAAGUCUUUCCGCCCCGGUUGUGGCAGAAGAACCAUCAUCCAGUUCUUCUUCCGCGGUGGCAGCAGCAAAUGCGGCGGAGGCGAGCGCGGAGGAGGCGUCAGAGGCUGCGGUUUGCAACCCAGCGGACCCCGCCUCGCCUGUGGGGAGGCUCGUGGAACUCCUGGGGGAGCUCGCGGACGGCGGGAAGGUUUCUGUGCAUCACGCCGUGGCGGCGUUGGAUGGGGAUGGAAAAGCGCUGGCGAGGCUGCUUGACCUUGGCGUGCUUCGGCUGUGUCCCCAGACUCGGUCGAGCUCAGUUGGCGCUGGUCGGAUCGACAGAUCCACGGUGCGGGCAGGAGGAACAGCUUCAAUCCUGUCGUCGUUGUCCUUAUCGCUGCCGGGGUCGUCUCUCGACGCUUCUCAUUCCCGUCCGGGAAGAGGGUCGACGUCUGCCGACGUGCUAGCGGAGGCAGGCGCAGCGUUUCAGGUGGGGGCGGCAACUCCUCUGAUGGCGGGCGUGUUUUCCAUCCUCAAGGGGUGCCAAGGAGUCGAAGAGCAGGCCAUCGCAGGCGCGAUCCACUUCUUGAGCAGGGGCGGGAACGAAAAUGCCGCUGCCGCCGCCGCCGCCGCCGCCGCAGAUUCGGCCACGAAAUCGCGCAGCGGUACAAGCUUCGAGGAGGAGAGCGAAGAGUGGCAGGCGCACAGGGAGGCCUCUAUGGCCAUGCUCGUGCACAGGGCCAUGACGUCGUCGGCGCAGGAGCAGGAGAGUGCGCCUGCAGUGACAGCAGGGCGGGGGAGGAGGGCGAGUCGAGUCGAUCGUGAUCGUGAUCGUGAUCGUGGUCGUGAUCGGGGGGGAGGUUCCAGGAGAAGCUCGACCUCGGCGUAUCGCACGCGGAGAUUGCAGACGGCUCUGGCAGCAGUGGGGUGCAUGACUACCUGGAUGGAGAUCUUCAAGGAGCUUAGCGCCGCAGACUCGCCGGGAGGCAUGCUUCUCGCAGACGAGACAUUCCUGCACGAAUUGUUGCGCACCUACCGUCGCACCCUUCCGCCGCCGCCGCCGCCACCGCCGGCGGCGGCGAUCCCCCGCGACAAUGCGGCCGUGAGCGAACCGGGUCGGCUUCGGAUGGCGGACAAGGGCAGCGGCGGUGGAAACAGCGACCGCCGGUCGGGGGCAAGUGUAGAACAGCCCGGUGAGGGUGUCGCCGCACAUACAACCAGCGGCGUGCCAAGCACUGCUGCUAACGCAGGCGAGGAAGGGGGGUCGACCGCUGCGGAGGUGGUGCCGGCUGGAGGUGGAGAAGGUGAAGAAACCAACGCCGCCGACAACGGGUGGAUGAACGCUGCAAGCGAUGACAUCAUGCGGGAGGGGGGGCAGAGGCAGCAGCGGGGCGAUAUCGCAGAGGGCGUUUCCUCUCCUGUGAAUGAAAGAGAGGCCGUAGUCUCGGUAGAAAGCCGCAGCGGGGGGGGCAUCGCAGAUGAGGACGAGGUGGGUUCCACCGGUCACCAGCGGGUAGCGAAUCUCGGGGCGGAGGACCAGGAGGACAACGGAACGGAAUCUGUUGGCGGGGACGCGCUUUCCGCGGAGAUGCAACAGCCGCACGCGGAUGACGGGAACGGCGGCUCACCGGUCUCUCCUGCAGGGGACGGAGGGGACGGAGAGUCGGCAAUAAGGGCAGACGAUCCCGACGCAGCCCACGGUAGCACCGCCACCCCCCAGGAAGAGGCUGCUGCGGAAGAAUCGAGAGGCGCCGGUAACGCACAGGAUUCACCACUACCGCCAGCGGCGGCGGAGGCGGGGACGCCGUCACUGACUUGGUCGGACGACGCGAGAGAAGAAGAAGCGGAGCUCCCUCGCUCGGACGGACGCACUUUCGACGCCACGUCGCCGGCCGGGAACGAUGUGAACGGCGAUCGCAGCAGAGGCAACGGCGGCGAUGACGGCAACGGUGACGGAGGACCGGCUCCCCGGCCACCGUUACCCGACGAGAGCGGGGAAUCGGGCGCGGGACCGCCGGCGGGGCAGGCGGGGAGACCACCCACCGCCCCUACCGAAAACUCGGGGUCCGCACCUGCCGGCGACGGCGAGAACGCAGGGAGUUGCAACACCGCAGGCGGCGGCGGCGGCGGCGGCGGCGGGGGUGACUCGUAUCCCGGUGGCAGCGGCGAGGAGGAGGAAGACGCGAACGUGGACGUGGGCGUGACUGCUCGGCAUGAGCGAGAAGGCAAGAUCAACGGCAGCAGCAACAACGUCCAGUCUCUCCUGGCGACGACUGCAGACAAACCCCUCGGGUAUAGGGCGGCGCCGUGGGCCUGGCUCGUGCCGUCGUGGCCAGGCGCGGGGGGGAAACACCACUGAUUUGUUUAUUUACUUUUUUUUGUAGUGUUUUUUGACGUCGGUGUAGUAGCCUUUGCUUUGCGUCCACCCGUCGCUCGCUGCUCAUUUCUCCUUCCGAACACAACCAGUCCGCAAGACUGGGAUUGAUUGAUCGAGGAGCGGAUAGAUCCGGAAGAGGGUUUGCUUCUGAGAAAGGCAAAAAAUUUCCCGGAAAGUU